AUGGCAGCUACGGUCUUGGGCAAACGCACGCGUGGUGCAGAGGAUUUGGAAGGUUUGCCGGUGCGCACUACAAGCAAGCGCCGGACAAUCCAACCUCGUGCCCUUCGUCAAGAUGCGCCAGCUGUUCCGCCACGGCGGACUCGUUCGACAGCAAAGCGACUGGGGCAACACCCUGACCAAGAGAACGACGAUGUCAAGAAAACCUUGGAGACAGCGCCUUCAAAACACACAAUUCAUGAAGAACAGGGUAGGUCACCGACCAAGAUCAACUCCCAUUUCCGCACCUCAAAGCUAGUGGAGGAGGAGACUCCGGCUCCGAUAGUCGAAUUCAAGACCCCGCAGAAAAACCGAUUUCGAGAUGCAUUGCCCAAAUCCCCGGUUACCCCCCGCCAUCGUGUCCAAGUGGGAGCCAAGGCCACUACUCCGCGCACCCCUCGGCAUUCCGAUCUGCCCCUGACUCCACGCCAGAGUACGACUCCGACCGUUGCUCAAUCGGUGUAUUCACAAGCCCGCCAAUUGUUUGCCCGCGGUGCCAAUUCGGGACGACUCGUGGGGCGAGACAUGGAGCGAGAAAAAGUUUCUCGUUUCAUUGAGGACUGCCUCGAAUCCAAGAAAGGCAGCUGUCUCUACAUCAGCGGUCCUCCUGGAACUGGCAAGAGUGCGAUGGUCAACGAAGUCUGCCAGGAGAUGGAGCUCUCCACCGUCAAGGUCUCUCAUGUCAACUGUGUGAGCAUGCGAAGUGCUCGUGACGUCUAUAGCAAGCUGAUCCAGGACUUCUCUGAUGACACGGAGGAGGUAUUUAAGAAGAGCGAGGCAGAGCGACUGAAGGCGAUGUUUGUUCCUUCUGAACAGACCGAUAAGCUGUUUUUAGUCAGUCUUGAUGAAAUGGAUCACCUCCUGCAGGGCGAUUCCGGUGUGCUCCAGUCCCUGUUUGAGUGGUCGUUGCACGGCAAGUCCGCCCUGAUGCUGAUCGGUAUUGCCAACGCGCUGGAUUUGACCGAUCGAUCCUUGCCGCAAUUGAAGGCAAAGAACCUCAAGCCUACCCUUCUGCCUUUCUUGCCUUACAAUGCGGCCUCGAUAGGAAAUGUGAUUACCAGCCGCCUCCGCUCCCUAAUUCCUGUUGGAGUUGAUUCGGACCCCAAAUUCGUCCCAUUCGUGCAACCGGCUGCCAUUCAACUUUGUGCGAAGAAGGUGGCUUCCCAGACAGGAGACCUGCGGAAGGCCUUUGAGCUGAUCAAACGUGCAAUCGAUGCCAUCGAACAAGAGACACAAUCAAAGCUAGAGAAGCAGAUUGCCGAAUUGGCUGACUCAAUACUCACCGAGAAUAAGAAUCUGUCCUCUCCUUCGAAGGCUGGGGCCGCGCCUCGACCCUCCACUAUGGUAAACUACACCGUUGUGACAGCACCUCGUGCCAGUAUUGCCCACGUCGCCCGCAUUACAACAUCUGCAUUCGGACAAGGCACAAUUCAAAGACUGAAGGGCUUGAAUUUGCAACAAAAGGCUGCUAUCUGCUCUCUCAUUGCCCUGGAACGCAAGCGCCGUGAAUUCGAGGUGCCAAACACCCCUUCAAAGAAUCGGUCAUCCGCCCCGACUGUGAAGCAAGCUUUCGACACCUACUGCACACUGUGCCGAAAUGACAACAUUCUUCACCCUUUGACAUCCACCGAGUUCAAAGACGUUUUGGGUAACCUGGAGACGAUGGGUCUGGUAGGCGAGUACCAAGGCCGCGGCCGAGGUGGAACAUUGGCCGGGGGCUCUGAUGUCCGACGCACACCCUCCAAGUCUGGGAACGUCAACUCAACCCCACACAAAGGAAUGGAUGAACAAGGUCUUCUCUGCUUUGUUUCCCAGUCUGAAAUUGAAGGACAGAUCGCCGGACCUGGUGAAGGCAUUCUGCGACGGCUUCUUCGCGGUCAGGGUCUUUGA